AAAUUAAUUAGUGAAUAUGGUUAUAUGCAACUUUUUCCUAAAAGGAAAUUGCAAGUUUGGCAAUAGAUGUCGUAAUGAGCACUCACAGCAAGGUGGAGCAUUUGGUGCACGCCCACUGUUUAGCUCUCCCCAAAAUGAUCGAUAUCAUUACAACAAGACUACAAAUGUGUCAGUAAAUGAAGUUAAGUUACCAAUCGGUAAUGGAGAAGUUUCUGUACAAAUGAUAAGAAAAGAGCUUCAAGAUUGGGCUAUAAAUAAAGUUUGGCCAUUUUCAUGUUUUGCUGUUCAAAGAGAAAGGAAUUGUCUGUCAGGUUUUGUGGAGAUUUCACCAGAAGAACUCAGGUUUGAAGCAUAUGAAUGCAAAGGCACAGGACUUCAAACUUAUCUUGAAGGUGUUCAAAAUCUUACCAAUCAAGUUUUAAAGCGACGAAAUCAGCUUAUUAAGUAUGACGACAAGCAAUUAUUUACCGAAAUCAACAAUCAGCAGUCUGUCCAAUCAGCAGCAUCAACAACAGAUCAUUUUGGUAAUAAAAGUCUUUUUAAUAAUCCUUAUGAAAGUUCAUCACAGACAUCUGGGAAAUUGUUUGGAAAUUCUUCUUCAAGUUCUGCAAAUUUUUUUAAUUUGAAUAAUUCUUCAAAAGAAGUUUUUAGUAUGCAAGCUCCUAAUAAUAGUGCAAAUAUAUUUGGCAUACAAGCCUCUAAUAAUAACACAAAUAUAUUUGGUAUGCAAGCUUCUAAUAAUAACACAAAUAGUUUUUUUAGCAAAUUAACACAAUCUAGUAGUUCUGGUGGAUUAUUCAACACUAAAGAAUCUGAACAAAAUUCUACAGUUGUUAAAAAUAAUUUGUUUUCAGUUUCUUCAUCUUCAGAAAAUCCAUUUAAAUCAGAUACAAGUUUAAACUUUUUUUCUAAAAACUUACAACCUUCUGAAAAGGGUAUCAUUCCAAACAAUACAACUUCUAACUUUUUUAAUAAUAAUUCAACAAUGGCUGGCAGUUUAAAUAUAUUUUCAGCCUUAAACUCACAAAGUAAACCAUCUUCAACAGAUGAGUCAGGUGGUGUUUCUUCUUUGAAUAGCACUUCAAUGGGUUUGUUUUCAAAUAGUGGCAACAGACCAGACCAAAACACAGAUUUUUCUCAGGUUUCUACCCAACCUUUAAAUCCAUUUUUUUCAUCACAAACUUCUACGCAACCUACAAAUCCAUUUUUAUCUUCACAAGUUUCCACACAAGUUCGGCCAAUACAAUCAUUGCCAAUUUACGAACAACUUAGAGUAUAUAAACCAAUUCAAAUCGAAAAUAUCUUCCUAAUUCCACUGAUGACUUCUGAUGAUAUUGAAAGUUUUAAGGCGUGUCGUUUUGAAAUUGGAAAAAUUCCAAAAUGCCCUCCACCUAUUGAGUUUUGUUAAACUUGCCAAUAUUUUAAUUAUUAUUAUAAUUAAUUUUAUUAUAAGACAUAAAACCUAAAAGAUGUUAAAAAAUUAAAAUAUGUCUU